AUGAUAAAAAAAAUUACACUCUUUUUAAAAUCAAGUGUACAUAAUGUAAAACGGAAUAUAUCUGUUGAAGAUAAUAUUUCUAUAAAAUUUCUUUUUGAUCAUGGAAUAAUUUAUUCUCUAUUUUUAUGUUUAGAAAUGAAAGUCAAUGGAGAAUAUUUUAUUAGCUCUAUAUUGGGAUUCUUUUUCAAGCUUUCUACAAUAUUAAUUAUUAAAUUUUCUGUUUUUUAUAAAUCUAUAGAAAUUAUAUUUUCAAUUUCUAACUCUGAUAAAUAA